AUGAAGGCCGCAAUUACCAACCCCGCUGCCAUCUGGUCCUCGCCCUCGGUCUACGGCAUGGUCCUAGAGUCCCCAACGGCGGGACUAUGGCUCCCCCGUCGCUAUUUUGAGAAAGUCCCAGAGGACGCACCCAAGAACACCAUUAUUCUCACCAAUGGGGCGGCGGAGGCUUGGAAAGAGUUGGGUACUCCGAUUCUCGAUUAUGCUCCGUUGAGGUGUGAUUUCUUGACUGGUCAGGUUACCAGGCGGGAGGAUAUCCCGAAGAGUGAUAUUCGCCAUAUGUUCGGUCGGUUUCAGCCAGCGGUUUUCCCCAAUAACCUUGAGCUGGUUGAUAAACUCGAAGUGUUCGCGAGGCGUCGAGUUGUCACCCCCACGCAGUUAGGUGUCUAG